GCCAACGUCUUACCAACAAUCGACAUAAUUCUGGCUUCUGCUGUUCAAAAGUAGUGCCGGAAAAUGGCUUUCCGCGUUUUAAAAGCCUAUAACUCUUUAACAAAAGUUGUGACAAAUCAUAAAUUUACAGUCUAUGGCACAUCAUCUAACGUGAAUAAAGGAUGUCUCAACGCCCUAGCUGUAAAUUUACCUAUCACCAGCAUUACACGUUCUGCAUCAUUUUUUACUAAAUAUUCUGCUGAAGCCUUAUGGAAAUCUGUGACAAGCGUCAGUAAUGCAGGUAAACAAAGAGGUCGAGCUAGGCAAACUCGGGGUUUGCAAAGAAAUUUAAACAGAGGACAGUAUAUCGGUGUUGGCAAAAUUAAUAUGUUAUGGCCUGGUUUGACUGGUCCAAUCAUGCGUGGUACAAAUGUUGUUAAACAGCAAAGGUUACCAGAUGAUCCAGACAGGGAAAGUAAACUUUACAAAAUAAGGGAUUCGACAACAAGAGGCAAGAAAGUCAGAACUCAUCCUCUGGAAAGAGGUUGGUCUGGUGCCAAAAUAGGUGGUAGAAGUCUUGGACCACCAGAUCCUGUAAACGAUGAAACAUUUGAAGGAUUUGAUUCAAGAGUAAUUGAACAUAAAAUUGUCAAUCAUAUGACUGGUAAUUUAGGACGUAAACGAGGUUACAGUUCAUUAGUAGUUGUAGGUAAUGGCAAAGGAUUAUUUGGAUUUGCACUGGGUAGAGCUCCAGAUGCAAAAGGUGCAUUGAGAUUAGGAAGAAAUAGGGCUGGUAUGAAAUUGAUGUAUGUUCCUCUGUACAAAGAUCAUACAGUUUAUCAUGACUUCUAUGCUCGAUUUGGUAAUACAAAAGUAUUUGUAUCUAAAAAACCUGAGGGUUAUGGAUUCACAGGUCAUAGAGCCAUAAAAUGUGCAUGCGAUGUUAUUGGAAUCAAAGAUCUCCAUGCUGAAGUAGAAGGGGCUAAUCGUUAUUUACAUAUAAUUAAAGCUUUUUUCAUUGGAUUACUAAAACAGAAAACGCAUCAACAGCUCGCAGAAGAAAAAAAAUUACAUUUGGUUGAAUUUAAGAAGGAGAAUUUAAAUUAUCCAGAAGUAGUUGCGAGUCCAGGAACAGUUAGAAAAUCUGAAGAAGUACCGUCUACCGAAACGCUUGAUUUUGUACAAUACGUGUUAGGAGGAAAAGUAAUUUUGCAGAAGCCAGAUCACCCUCCGUUCUAUCAUAAAUACAGAUCUUAUAAAUUGAGACGAACUAAAGAUGAAAUCAUAAGAAAUCAUGACAAAGUCAGAAUUAGAUUGCUUGCUGAGUAUGGAGAAUUCAGAAGUCACCUUACUGAUCGUUUCCCAGAAGCAAAACCAUUCAAAUGGAGUUAUAAGAUAAAGAGGGAAGCUGAAAGACUAAAGGCAGCAGAAGAAGAAGUGUAUUAGUGUAAAAAUUGUAAAAAAUACAUGUUUUUGUUAUAAUUAGUA